AAAAAAAAACAGAAAAUCCCAUCGACGAGAGCGAGAGAGAGAGAGGGAGAGAGAGAGAUCUCAGGUGUCUUUUCAAACGCCUCCGGAAUUUCCGAAACGUCAUCUCAUUCCCUCCUCCUUCAAUCUCCAUACAGAUUCCGAUAAUCUCAUCGGAAUUUCAGCUAUCUCGUUUCCGGAGAAUCCGAGUGCCAAACAUCCAAACGGGACUUGUUAACUUAUAGUUUACGGAAUGGGGGAAAAGAGAAAUGCUGAACAAAAUUCUCCUUCAGAUGUCUCUCCAUCCACUUCAAUGUCUGUGAAAGAAUCUCUAAAGAUUAAUUCAGAAUCUUCUACUUCUCAGAGUACUAACGGAAAAAUAGAGGAUGAACAUCAGAGCAAAGUGCUCAGAGAUUCUGAAAUAUCAGCUGUACAAGAUAAUCUUGAUGGGCCACCAUUGAAUCAGAAUGUACUUUCUCCAACAAACGAUGCAGAUGAAUCACAGCCUAGAAUUGAGGAUGUUGCAUCUUCGUCCAUGGAAGCACUUGAUAUUCAAUAUCCUCUAUCUUCAGAUGCUCCACAAGCUCAGUCAAGUAGUAUAUCACAUCAAUUUGAGAAUGAUGCUUCUGUUAGAACCACCAAUGUUCAGGUUGAAGUUGUUACUUCUAAUAACUCCAGUGUAACGACCGUCACUGAAAAUUACAUUGACCCUGUAGCAUCUGAUGAAAUCGAUCUGCCUCAAGUAAAGGUUACAAAUGUAAUUCAUGAGACAUCAAAACCCAUGUAUCCAUCUAAACACAUGAAACAGGUUAAUGUAGACAGAGUCCUUAUCGACACUGCAGCUCCAUUUGAAUCUGUUAAAGAAGCUGUUAACAAGUAUGGAGGAAUUGUUGAUUGGAAAGCCCAUAAGAUCCUGACUGUAGAGAGGAGAAAAAAUGUCCAAGUCGAACUUGAGAAGGCAGAAGAAGACAUUCCGCGGUAUAAGAAACAAUCUGAGGCGGCUGAAGAUGACAAAGCACAAGUACUGAAGGAGUUGGAUAGGGCGAGGAAACUAAUAGAAGUGCUGAAGCAGAACGUGGAGAAAGCACAAACUGAAGAGAACCAGGCAAAACAGGAUUCCGAACUUGCUCAUCUCAGGGCUGAAGAGAUGGAACAAGGAAUUGCCAAUGAAGCAAGCAUUGCUGCCAAGGCACAGCUCGAAGUUGCCAAAGCAAGGCAUGUUGCUGCAGUGGCAGACCUGAAAUUGGUGAAAGAUGAGAUGGAAGCACUGAAGGGAGACUACAUUUCUUUAGUCACCGACAGGAACCUAGCAGUCAAAAGAGCCGAAGCAGCUGUGUGUGCAAUGAAGGAGACUGAGAAGAUGGUGGAAGAACUGACCUUAGAUCUGAUCUUGGCAAAAGAAUCUCUAGAAUCUGCUCAGGCAGCACAUAUGGAAGCGGAGGAGAAGAGGAUUGUGGCCACCAUGACCCAAGAGAAAGAUUCUUUCAUUUGGGAGAAGGAGCUGAAACAGGCAAAAGAGGACCUACAGAGACUAAACGGACAGCUUUUGUCGGCAAAAGAUCUCGAGUUGAAAUUAGAUACUGCAUCAGCAUUGCUUGUCAGUCUGAAAGCAGAAUUAGCAGCCUAUGUGGAAGCUAAACUGACCCAAGAGACUGGUUCCAUUGAAAAGGAAGAGAACCUAGGAGGCGAAAUCAAAGGAGGAGAAAGAAUUCUCACAGAUGCACAAGUGGAGCUAAAAGAAAUAAUGCUUCGUAUUGAGAAAGCAAAGUAUGAUAUAAACUGUUUGAGGGUCGCAGAAGCAUCACUCCAAUCGGAGCUUGAUAAAGAAAAGGCGGGGCUUACUGCCAUCAGACAGCGGGAAGGAAUGGCAUUUGUAGCGGUCUCAUCUCUUGAAGCUGAGCUGAGUGGUGUACACUCAGAGCUAGAGCUGGUUCAGUUGAAGGAAAAGGAAGCAAAAGAGAAGAUGGUGGAGCUGCCUAUGGAACUACAGGAAGCAAGUCAAGAAGCAGAUCAGGUUAGGCUGGAGGUGAAUUCAGCACGCGAAGAGCUAAGGAAGGCCAAGGAAGAGGCUGAACAAGUCAAGGCUGGUGCGAGAACAGUGGAGAGCAGAUUACAUGCGGCUUUAAAGGAGAUAGCAGCAGCAAAGGUAGCAGAGAGGCUGGCACUGGCAGCAGCCAAAGCAUUGCAGGAGAGCGAAAUGGCUGCUAGCCUGGGGUGCGAGGAUGUGCUGAAUAGUGUGACUCUUUCUUUGGAAGACUACUAUAUGCUUAGCAGGCGGGCCCAUGAGGCAGAGGAGGAGGCGAACAUGAGGGUGGAAACCGCCAUUGCCCAGAUCGAAGUGGCUAAGGAAUCAGAGUCAAGAAGCUUAGAAAGAUUGGAGGAAGCGAAUAGGGAGCUGGUUAAAAGGGAGGAGGCAUUGAGUAUUGCGAUGGAGAAAGCUGAGAAGGCCAACGAAGGGAAGUUGGGUGUGGAGCAAGAACUGCGAAAGUGGAGAGCUGAAAGCGGGCAGCGACGGAGAGCUAGCGAUGCUGCUGCCUCAGCAGUAAACCAUGUUAGAAGCUUGCCGACGAGCCCAGACAAGGAGUGUGACACGUUUGAGUUGGGUCCGACGGUGUCUGUAUCGGAACAUUGUGUGGAAAAUGGUCAGGCAGAAUUGAAGAGUGGUGCAGUAGACUUGAAGGUGAAAAAGAAGAAAUCUUUCUUUCCACGGGUUGUCAUGUUCUUGGCCCGAAAGAAGUCACAUUCAUCCAAGUGAACUGUCCAUUUGUGUUUUUCUUUGGUAAUUCUUGUAUUUCGGCGUUCCAGAUUCAUGCAGGAAGAUGAUUGGAUCAUUGGUCACCUGCAGAAUGUAACAGUAUGAGGUAUUAUACAAUGCUCAACUUGACAGUAUCUACAA